UACCGGGCAGCUCGGAUUUCCGUGUGUAUAAAGUUGAUAUAAUUUUCCAAUUAUGCUAAUACAAUUUUGAAAGUUAUGUUAAUAUAAUUGUAAAAUACCUUAUAAUUAAUUAUGUGUUAAUGAUAAUCCAUAAUUUUCUAAAUAAAUAACGUAUCACAUUCUUUGAAACACUUUAGAGCUUCAACGUAUUUACAUUGUCAGUAUUUCAAUUUAAAAUUGUAUCAACAAACACGGAAUGGUAGUCAGCAGCUUAUCUAUAAUUUCCGAUGUUGAUACAGUUGAUUCAAAGUGUAUCAUCACUUGGAUAAUAGAUUUUCUGAUGGUGAGUUACGAGUUUGGCAAACUUCUGACUGUUGCUAUUGCUUUUGAAUUUGGUAAAGAGAAUGUUGGACGACUGACAAAAAUAUACUCAGCUACUAUUAGGAGCUACAACAAAAGCGUUGCCCCAAAAAUAUUGCUGCAAUAUCGCAGAAGUGGGACUUUAGGAUGAUCUUAUGAGGAUUAAGACCUAUUUUUCAUCUGGAUGUUUAAUUAAUUUGGACAGGUAUUAUCAACAAUGGAUUUGUAAUCAAGACAGAUGAGAAAACGUUUCUGAAACAUGAAAGGUUUUCCUUUUUGUACAGUAUUUCAUUGUGCCCUUCAACUAAUAAUUAAAAUCAAAUGCAUGUCAUCUUUUACAUUUACAGUCUAAGUAUUCAUAGUGCCCAUAUUACAAGCAAAAACAUUUAAAGUGCCGCGUAGUUUUCAGAUCGUGUAACAUUUCCUGCUCAAAGCAACUGUUAGUCCGCGUACUAAUGCCCUUCCCUUGGACAACAUCGGUGCCGUGGAGAGGGGAGACUUGCAGCAUGGGCAGCUGCCGGUCUUCCAUAAAAAACAAACCUUGCCCAGGCUUGCGCCCUGGAAACUUUCCAAGUAAUAAAUCCAUGGUCUAUCGAGACUAACGGAGACUAACACACAGUCCAAGUAAAAAAGGGAAUGUUGCUGCUGAGCCGCUGUAUUAGUUUGAAAGUUCUAGAAAACGGCCCAACGUUUGCUUUUUUUUUUCAUUUCUGCAUAGUUCCGAUUAAGGGUCAGCGAUCUGUAGAUCGGCUUCAGUGUCUCUCGCAAUUGGGCCAUAACCGCAAAUCCCAGUCAGCAAGUCUCGACAAAAGAAGAUUGACCCAGCAGAGAGAGGACAGCUGACCUUGGCGCUAACAUUCAGUGGCCAGAUUCGGGAGAAGUUACAGUCUGCUGACGCUGGGUUGGCAGAAGUUUCUCAAGUUGUGCAACAGAUCUUCGCAGAACAACAAGCACAGACCAGUCCGAAAUUCGUGGAGGAGAUACUAAAAUCUGUAGAAACCGUGUUGGCCAUCGAGUCUCACGCAGAGUUAACAGCUGCUUCUCAGAGCUGCGAACCCAAUUCCAUCGGGAAGAAUAGAUGUCAGCCUUCCCUCGCAGCGACGGUUCCCGCAGAAAGCCGGAAUCGGGUGGCAGCGGUCACUGAGCCAGAAUCAGGUGAUGGCUACUACCGCUGUCACCAUGGCAACUCAGCAGCGUUUUGUUUUCGUAAGUUUGGACAACAUAUUGAUCUAUUUCCACUCUUGGCAGGAAUACGUCCAGCAUGUCCGGAAGGCUCCUCGGCAAUAAUUUUCAUACGCCAAACCAGAGAAGUAUGAGCUCCACAAGGAACAGGUGUUGUUUUGGGGCGAUGUCCUUAUCCCUUCCAUUUCCAACGGGCCCGUGUAAAGUUCAAGCAGUCACCCAGUGGGUCGAACAGGCGCGGCCUGCUUGGGCUUUGCACACUUCUAUCACCGGUUCAUGAGAAACUUCAGUUCCAUCGCCGCCCCUGUAAACACACUCACCUCUAGGACACGUGAAUCAAAUCAAGCAGCUCCGGAUGGGCAGUGACGCUUCAUCCCUGAGCCGGUGCCGCAACGCCCAGACCCACCCGGUCCAUUCCUCGUGGCUGCAUCGGCAUUGGAGUGCUACUCUCACCGCACUCUUCUGCGGAUAACCGGCAGCACCCCGUGCCUUUCUUUCCCGUCUGUUGAGUCCCGCCGAGUACAACUACGGUGUCGGGAAGUGAGAACUUUUGGCUGUCGAAGAAUGCUGGAGCGGGUGAAGCACUCCUCUUGGUAUGGGCACAUCACAAGAACCUCCCCUGGGUUCGGGAUGUAAGAGACUCAGCUCCAGUCGAGCCCGUUGGGGUGGCUUCUUCCUCCGGUUUAAUUUCACCGCCACCUACCGUCCCGGCAGCAGGAAUACCAAGGCCGAUGCUCUCUCCCGGCGGUCGACGUGUCUGAGGCCAAUGCCAAUCCAGAGUCCAUCCUUCCUCGUUCGUGCUUUGCUGAAUAAAGACGGGGAUGAGAGCUACCCAAGAAUCCGACCCAGGCCCAGGUGGGGAGACUGCCAGCCAGCUGUCUGCCCCUGCCAUGGUGCUCCGGGGCGACACCGCUCUCGUAACUCGACAACCAGCAAUUCAAAGAAUUUACCAAAAGACAAUUCUGGCGGCCACGGACGUCCACGACUUCGUCUCUGCCCGUCCCACUUGUGCCGCGAGUCUGCUCUGUCCGCUGUCAGUGCCUCACCGCCCCUGUUCCCACCUCUCAGCGGAUUUCAUCACUGGCCUACUCUGUCUGAUGGAAACACCACCAUUCUGGUGGUUUUGGAUGAUUCGCCGAGGCUGCCCACUUCAUUACUCUCCCUAAGCUCCCGUCUGCCGGUGAGACAGCACCUCGUGGUUUAGCACGUGUUCAGUCUGCCGGCUUCACUCGGGACAAGUCUGAUCGAGGACCAUAGUUCAUGUCCCGUCUUUGGAAGGUCUUCUAUUCUCUUGUGGAAGCCACAGAAUCCUCUGGCAUAUCGGAAAGAUGGUCACCCUCGGGAAAACCGUAUUGGCUGUUUGGAUGCUCUGUUCACUCUGCACCUUCAUCCAAGGUGUGGAGGUGGUGCCAUGUGUACCUGGCUGUAAACUGGCGCACGGACACUGUGAAGAGGCUGGAGUGUGCAGGUGUGACCCUGGCUGGGAAGGUGAACUUUGUGAACAGUGCGUCCAGUCUCCAGGCUGUAUACAUGGAACUUGUCACCAGCCCUGGCAGUGCAUCUGUGAGAGCGGUUGGACUGGAAGAUUCUGUGACAAAGAUAUUCACCCAUGCAGUCAUCAAAGUCCCUGCGAGAAUGCUGGCCAAUGUUUUGAUGAUGGAGAGGGUGAUUACUGGUGUACCUGCCCGGAAGGCUUCUAUGGGAAAAACUGUGAGCUACAAGCUGGCCCCUGUGCCAAAGCUCGGUCUCCCUGCAGAAAUGGUGGGACAUGUUGGGAUGAAAAUGGCUUUGCUGCCACCUUCGUGUGCCGUUGCCUGGCAGGAUUUGUGGGCCCUCUGUGUGAGAUCGAUGUUGAUGACUGCCUGAUGCGGCCGUGUGCCAAUGGGGCCACAUGCCAGGAUGCGGUGAACCGCUUCACCUGUCUGUGCCCCACUGGCUUCGAGGGGCGUUUCUGUACCGUCAAUCAGGAUGACUGUGCGAGCCAGCCCUGCCAGAACGGUGCCAAGUGCUAUGACCGCAUCGCCGACUUUGACUGUGUUUGUCCUGAAGGUUACUCUGGAAAAACCUGCGCUGAUUUCACAUGGGUUCGCAAUGAAGAGUUAGCGACCAAACGUCUGAUCGAAGGGUACCGUGAAAGUGCUUACAAAGUUAGGAGCGUGACCGGCCAGCGACCAUGGCCCAGCAACCCAGAGACUGUCAGUGCCAGAAGGCACGCCCAUGACAACAGUGGCAGAAGGCAGGAGAAUGAGAAGGUGCAGCUUAAGGUGGCCGUGAAGGAGGUGAUAGCAGGGAGCAGCACACCUGUCACACACCAGCAGCUCAUGUGGCUCAGCAUCUUUGGGGCUGUGACCCUCCUCCUGGCGCUGGCCACCAUUCUGGUGGUGUGGAAGUAUCACUCUGGCUGUCACUGCACUCAUAACCACCUCAGGUGUUUGCAACAACAAGCAGCACCAAGUCCCAAGGAGGAUGGCAACAUUGCUUUCCUACACACUGCUGGUCCCCAGGCCAGGAAAGACCUCUACCUGGAUCCAAUAUAAACGACAGAAGGCCUGAGACAGGGUUGCCCAUACACUUGUCAACUUUCUCCCUCAGUGCAAACUUUCAGAAUGGAUUUGCACCCACGGGCGAGAUAAAGGCCCUGGACACUUGGAUGGGUUGAACUCUAUUCUCUUCCCCAGGACUGGGGUGUGGAAGUUUCAGCUGGAGACCAGUGAAUCCACAGAGAAAGACUUGUGUUCAAUGGAGAAAUAUCCCAAAGAGCUUCACCUCCAUCGGGAAAAAAUGAAAAACGACAUAGUGAGGAUAACUGAAAUUAUCCUCCUCCAAGAGCUCACCUGGGUUUUGUGUGCAUGAGAUUAAUUAGGAAAGAGCAGAGUAACUGGACUGGGCUCUGUAGAUCGAAUGAAUGGAACCGAUGACAAGGGUUUCAUUAACAAUUACAAAGCUGCAUUGACCAGGUCUCUGCUCCAACCUGCUGUUUCACCUUGUACACACUGAGCAGGAACUGGUCUCCGACAGCUGAAUCAAACAUGGACUCAGCUCUACAGCUCUGGAUAUUGCAAUAAUGAUAUGUAAUUUGUUUUUUGACCUGACUUUCAUAGCACAAGAGCAGAUCAUCAGAAUGUGGGUGAAUGUUUUUGCCAGUUUUUUUGAGGUGCUGAAUGUAUUAGGAAUUCAAACCUCACUGCCACUCCCUCUGGGGAGAAUAGGACCACACCAGCAUACAUAGGAAGCAGUCAAAUGUGACUGUCGUGAUAAGUUAUCAUCGCCAUGGUGCUCUACCAUGGCUGAAGGGCAGCCUGGAUUCCAUCCAGCUGGAGGUGUGGUGGAUGUAGUGUUACCCAGUGCUGGAACUAGCCUUUCCUCCUACUAUGUCCAUGCUGGCCAUCACACACCAACCUAUGUUAAUCUCACUCUCCGCCACCAGGCCCGUAGACUUCCAUGCACAGUGAUUCAAGUUCUCAUGUAAAUACUUAGAGCUGUGAAAAUACCAGCUUCUGGAUGUCAAAUAUCCUCAGGGUCAAAACAUUUAUCCUCACAUCACCUCAACCUACCUGUUCUUUUUGAUCCCCCCCCCCCCCAUUUAUACAAUGUCUCUCAAUAUUGACCCUCUUUGCCUUCUGUAUUGAACAUAUCUAUCAUCCUCUGCUCCUGGGAAAAGAAACUCAGACUCUCCCAUCUUUCCUCAGAGCUGAAAUUACCUUUCUCAAACUCUGGUGUAUUUCCUCUGCACCCUUUCCAUCGGAAUCACACCAUUCUUGUGAUGUGUCGACCUGAUCUACACGUCUCUCCCGACUGGUCUUUUAUAAAGAAGGACCCUUGUCCUACAUUUCCCUGGCCUGACAUUCAAAGCUCUGGAUAAAAGAGGCAAAGUAUCCCACUUGCUUUCAUUAACACCUUAUCUCGCUGUUCUUUUGCCUCUGGGAUACUUUGGCAUGCACAGUACAGCAAGAUCCACGACACCUCAAUAUUUCCUGGGGUUUUAACUUUCAUUAUGUAUGUAUUGGCAUUAUUAGUCCUCCUGAAAAGAUUUACCAUAUACCAUUUACCAUAUAAUUAGUAUUAAAUUCCAUUGUUCUGCUCUUCUAACUGAAUACCACCAGCCAAUAGCUGAAUAUUACCCUUCCUCAACUAAUACUUUGUCAUCUUCAAGCUUACCAAUUGCAUCUCCAACGCUGACAACCAGAUCAUUAACCAUAGAACAUUACAGCACAGAAACAGGCCUUUUGGCCCUUCUUGAUUGUACUGAACCAUUUUUCUGCCUCGUCCAACUGACCUGCACCUGACCCAUAUCCCUCCAUACACCUCUCAUCCAUGUACCUGUCCAAGUUUUUCUUAAAUUUUAAAAGUGAGCCCGCAUUUACUACUUCGUCUGGCAGCUCCUUCCACUCUCUAUGUGAAGAAGCCCCCCCCCCCCCCCCACACAUGUAGAUAAACAUCAAUGUCUUGGCACACUGUGGCACACCACUGGCCAUGGUUUUCAUUUGCAUAGACAACCCUCCAUCAUCACUGUCAGCUUCCAAUCAUUAAGCCAGUUUUGGAUUCAGUUUACCAAUUUGCCUUGCGUCCCAAGGGCUCUCACCUUUUGGACCAGUCUCCCAAGAAGGCUUUGCCAAAGUCUAAUGAAAUUUCAUGUAAACUUCUUGAAUCACACUGUCAAUGGUACUUAGUUACCUGCUCAAAAAUUCAAUCAAUUUAAUCUGAUGGAUUAUUCCUUUAACAAUUUCUUUUUCCAAUAGUUUCCCCAGAACUAGCAUUAGACUGACUGGAUUGUAAUUACCUUGUCAGGAAACGUAGAGGAGGCUUGACCCAAAAGCAUUGUAGCAAAGACAAUGCAACAAGGUAACUGAAGCUGAGGAGCAAGCUGGCUGGUUCAAAUGAGUGAACGAGGAUUGUGGAUGAGAGCUGGGUUUAAAAAGGCAAACGGCAGAUGACUCCUGUUAGCUGUGUGAAGACUAGCAGGUGCCUGCCUGUGCAGCCACCAGUGAUUUGUCCAGGCCCCAGCUACUUUUCCCUUGCCUCCCGCAGCAGCUGAGGAUACUUCUCAACAGGCACUUGGGAUUAAUCCACCUUUAAUCCAUUAAUAUACCGAAUAUCUCCUUUUUUUAAAUAGUAUUUUGUUCUUGAUAAGUUUUUACGACACAACCUCCUUUUUGUGGCCUUUUCUUGCCUGACACUUUCAACUCUGUCAAUCCAGAGGGACAGCUGGCUGGCUGCAGACUUGUAUGUCUGCUUUUGUAAUUGUUUGUAUGUGAGCUGUGAGACUUCCCAGUAUGUCCACAAUACACUGGUGUCAAACAUGACUGCCACCACCCCAACAAAUGUUCUCAUCUUUCUCAAUACAGGUCUGCAUGUCACCACUCCACUUCUUCCUGGAUUGAAGGCUGUCUGAAAAACUAAUGGGAACUACUAACCCAGCUGUUCCCUCCCCAAAGACAGUCACUUACCAUCUCCCUCAACAAGGUGCUGAACUUGGGUUUAAAUUACAUGGUGCAGAGAGCUGGUUAAUGACAGCAUUGUGUCCUGCGGAGGAGGCAACGUGAGUCACUUCCCCUCCCAUCACAGAACUGGGAAGUGUACAGAAAUCACAGAUUGAGGGGUUACAGCAGCAACACUUGGUACAGUUCAUUUUGUCAUUAUUCUGCAGCUUCAGGGUAAUAUUUAAUAUUUUCUAUUACACUCCCUUGUAAAUAAUUUAUAUUAAGCACUGUUGUAACGUGAAGAUGAGAUGUUUGGAUUUUGACUAUUUUUGAUACUUGGAAUUUUAAAUAUUUGAAUAAAGAAAUUAUUUGGGCUGAAGAACAUGAUACAA